AUGGUUUCAGAGGUACCUACCCCGACCGUGUCCACUGUACCCACUCCUACAGUAUUCACAGUCCCACCAGCGGUGCCACCUGUGGCAUAUUCGACACCUCCUCCAGCCGUGCCUACGACGUAUCUAGCACCUCCUCUAGCAGUAUCUGCUGAUGCGUACCCGGCACAUGGACCAACAGCACCAGUUACACCUACCGUACCUCUAGCCGCACCCACCUAUAUUGACCCUACAGUGCCACCAGCGGCACUUGCCCCAACUUAUGCAGCAGCACCAGGGAUACCUCCCCUGGUCUAUCCAGCAGUACCACUUAUAGUACCAGCUCCAGUGGUUCCACCAGUUCCCGUAGCAGUCCCUACUCACCUUACUGAUAUAGUUGCGGCACGAGCUCGGAUCCCAGCUUUGGAAGAGUUGAUGAAAAGUUGA